UGUACGUCAUGAUCCAUCAUUAGCACUAAGCUAAGGCGGGCAGCACACGAAGAUUCGUCGAAGAAGCAAGUUACCGGUCUUAGUAUAUGAAGACAACCAACAUGUCUGGGUGCGACUAUAAUCCCUUCCCAUGCUCUCCACUGCUACUCUCGCUCUAGGGAUAUCGUGCGUUAUUGCCCUGGGUGUCGCUUCGGGCCUCAUUCGUAGACGUGUCUACCCUUUACCUCUGCCACCUGGCCCUCGUCCGAUACCAUUUUUGGGCAACGUGCUACAAUUGGAUACUAAACGACCUUGGCUCACAUAUACUGCGUGGGGAAAGAUAUAUGGAAACAUCAUUCGCUGCCGCGUACUUGGGAUCGACUUGAUCAUCAUAAACUCCGAAACCAUCGCGCAGGACUUGCUGGACAAACGUUCUGCAAAUUACUCUAGUCGCCCCGUUUUUCACGCCAACGAAAAAGCUGGAGUGGCUCUCCUUACUCCAAUGUAUCCGUAUGGUGAGACUUUACGACAACAUCGCAGGAUCUUCCAUCAAGUCCUCAAGGCCGAAGCCUCGGUGUCAUACCACGAGAUAUACUCUCGCCAUGCAAAUAGACUAGUCGUCAAUCUUUUAGGUGGCACUGUUGACAUACAGCACUACGCUGAAGCGUUCGUACAUAUUCCACUGGUGUCGUUGUGA